AUGCGCUCAGUAAUCCUAGCCAUAUUACCAAUAUUAUUCAUACACGCAAAAUGUGACGACAAAUAUCACGAGAAACGGAAACAACUCGUUGAACUUGAACUAAGGAUGGCCCUCGGCGGUAACACUACACUCAACGAUAAGGAGAAUAUUGUAAACAACUGCCUGAUGCAACACAAGUUUAACGAACUCGACUACGGAUUUGACAACCCUGAUCAUUACAAUCUUUCUCAUCACUUCUUCAAUUACAGAAAACAAAUCCAGAAGUCUAAAGUUUAUAAGAUUAUUCAGAGUAUGCCUAAAGGAGCGGUUCUUCAUGUUCAUGAUAUGGCUAUAAUUGGACCUGACUAUUUUGUGAAUCUUACAUACAUGGACCAUCUAUACGUGUGCUUCGGAAAACCUAUCAAGUUCUGGUUUUCAUAUACCGUUCCUAAUACUACGUGUGAUGGGGAUUGGAAAUUAAUGAAGGAUGUGAGGAAAGGAGCAGCUAAUGUGACGCAGUUUGACGCUGAUUUGAGAAAACAUUUCACCCUGGUCUGUGACAAUCCUGACGUUGUUUACCCUUCCAUCAAGGAAACAUGGACCACAUUCAUGGGAUACUUCACCUCUGUUUAUGGCUUACUAUCUUUCAGGCCAAAUUGGGAGCAAUAUUUUUAUGAUGCCCUAAAACUCUUCAGAGCCGACAACAUCAUGUAUGUUGAAGUUAGAAGCAUAUUGCCUAACCUGUACGAGCUGGAUGGUACUGUGUAUGACAAGAUAAUUACAGCCAAAGCUUACAGAAAAACAAUAAACAAAUUCCUUAAAGAUUAUCCCGAUUUUCUAGGAGCUAAACUGAUAUUUGCUCCUUCAAGGAAAGUGGAUGCUAAAGUACUGGACUCUUACAUACAGACAGCAAGACAUAUAAAAAGAGAUAUGCCUGAUUUAUAUGCUGGAUUCGAUUUAGUUGGACAAGAAGAUUUGGGGAAUCCACUAAUAGAAUUCGUGCCACAGUUACUCCAAGCUAAGGACUUAAAUUUCUUCUUCCACGCUGGUGAAACAAAUUGGUAUGGAACAUUGACGGAUGAAAAUUUAGUUGAUGCUGUAUUACUGGGUGCUAAAAGAAUAGGGCAUGGAUACGCACUUGCAAAGCAUCCAGCUUUGAUGAGAGAAGUCAUAGAAAAGGACAUUGGAAUAGAAGUUAAUGUUUUAUCAAACGCUGUGUUAUCAUUAGUGAAAGAUGUUCGCAAUCAUCCUUUAAAUAUUUUCUUGAGUUUAGACCUUCCUGUUGUGUUGUCUAGUGAUGAUCCUGGUGCUUGGGAAGCUGAUCCAUUGUCUGAUGACUUUUACGUGGCGUUCGUGGGUGUUGCUAGUAGACUUGCUGACUUGAGAUUGCUUAAAGGUUUAGCGUUAAAUUCUUUGAAAUACAGUGCUAUGAAAGCGGAGCAUAAAGUGCGUGCGAUACGUGAAUUUAAUUCAAGAUGGAACGACUUUGUAAACCAUUUUGAUUGUAAGUCGUAUUAG